AUGUCAUAUAAUGAUUUGUUUUUAAUAUUUUCAGCUCUGUCAUAUGAUUAUACCAAGAAGAUAAUUCCCAAAGGACAUACACAGGAUUACUUCCAGAACAAAAUAACACGAAGAUUUGGUUUUGGUAGUCUUUUAGAUCUGUAUCAAAACAAGUUCUGGGAAUAUAGACAUGAUAGUACAGAGUAUGAAAUAUAUGAUUUUGUAAAUGAUCAAUUUGAAAAACACGUCUUUUUCAUUUCUGAAAAUUAUCAAGAAGCCCUAACUUCUGCUGAAAGAAGUCAGUCCGGAUCACUCUCAUUUUCACAACUGGAGGAUUCUCUAGGAAAAAAUUCACAAGAUUUAAAGCACAACUCUAUUUUACACAGAAAUACACAAACAUUACAAAGUGACAUUUGGGCGAAUAAACUAUGUUUCCUGAUGUAUAUAUUACAGAAUAUGGGAUUAAACAGUGGUUCAGUGCUUUAUGAACAAAUGAGAUUGUGGAGCAGAGAAAAGGCUACUGAAUGUCAUCAAGGUGAAGGAUACUUCUCUCAAAAUUUAUGGCAGUUCCCGCAACAGAAUGUACUCAGUGACAAGUUCUAUGAUGUAGAUCAACAAAUGAACAAAUCUAUGAAUGCAAUGAAUCAUGGAAGAUGUAAUGUGGGAGGUAAUUUUAAAAACUCUAACACAAUAAUUGAUAUUAAUAUAAGCUAUGUUAAGAAUCCUUUACUAAUGUAUUACCAAAGCAAUCAAUAUAGAGAGACAUUAUAUCAAUGUAAUGUCUUAUUACAAAAUUCUAUUUGUAAAACAAAUCCAAGUGAAAAUCUGUUAAGCAUCUUUAUUCCAGAAUAUCACUGUAGCAAGCAUAGAAAAAUGGCUAUCUCUAAUCACUGCUGCCAGUUUUCUCCACAACAACAUACCAUACAGAAACUUUGUAUAAAUGAAAAUAAGAAUGCAAUUUUAAGUGAAUCUUCAAUUCAUAGAUGGUAUACUGGACCAUGGGUUAAUCGAGAGUCCAAGAGAUACCUGAAUGAUACAUACAGGGAUGCCUUAAAUGAAUCAUUAAACUUUUUUGAAAGAGUACAGAAAGCAAAUAAAUGUUAUAAGAAUGAGAAAUCAUUAAUCCAAUCCUCAGAUCUUCAAGCUUAUUAUAGAACUCCUACCCAAGAGACACCUUACAAAUGUAAUGAACGUGGAAAAUUCUUUGCCUGUUCCUCAAGUUUUAAAGGUUGCCAUGAAAAGUGUACAGAAGAAAGAUUUCAUAAAUCUAAUAACUGUGGAAAAUUGUUCACACAGUCCUCAAAACUUCAAAUUCACUACAGAAUCCACACAGGAGAGAAACCUCACAAAUGUAACAAAUGUGGGAAAUCUUUUAUACUAUCCUCAAAACUUCAAGUUCACUACAGAAUACAUACCACAGAUAAACCUUACAAAUGCAAUGAAUGUGGCAAAUCUUUUAUAAGGAACACAGAUUUUAAAGUUCACUACAGAAGCCAUACAGGAGAGAAACCUUACAAAUGUAAUGAAUGUGGAAAAUCUUUUAUCUACAACUCAGAACUCAAAGUACACAAACGAAUCCAUACAGGAGAGAAGCCUUACAAAUGUACUGAAUGUGGCAAGUCUUUUACAAGGAAUACAGACUUUAAAGUUCACUACAGAAUCCACACAGGAGAGAAACCUUACAAAUGUAAUGAAUGUGGAAAAUCUUUUAUCCACAACUCAGAGCUUAAAGUUCACUACAGAAUCCACACAGGAGAGAAACCUUACAAAUGUAAUGAAUGUGGGAAAUCAUUUACACACAACUCAAAACUUCAAGUUCACUACAGAAUCCAUACAGGAGAGAAACCUUACAGAUGUAAUGAAUGUGGGAAAUCUUUUGCACAGAACUCAGACCUUAAAGUUCACUACGGAAUCCAUACAGGAGAGAGACCUUACAAAUGUACUGAAUGUGGCAAAUCUUUUACACAGAAAAAAGUGCUUAAUGUUCACUACAGAAUCCAUACAGGAGAGAAACCUUACAAAUGUAUUGAAUGUGGCAAAUCUUAUGCACAGAACUCAGAUCUUAAAAUUCACUACAGAAUCCAUACAGGAGAGAAACCUUACAAAUGUACUGAAUGUGGCAAAUGUUUUACACGGAACAAAGUGCUUAAAGUUCACUACAGAAUUCAUACAGGAGAUAAACCUUACAAAUGUAUUGAAUGUGGAAAAUCUUUUGCACAGAACUCAGAGCUUAAAGUUCACCAAAGAAUCCAUACAGGAGAGAAACCUUACAAGUGUAAUCAGUGUGGCCUAAAUUCUACUAACUCUCAAAGUCUUUAUGUUCACUACAGAAUCCACACAAGAGAUAAACCUUACAAGUAUGGAAAGUGUAGCAAAUAUUUUAACUGGUCCUCCACUUUCCAAGUUCAUCAAAGAACCCAUACUGCAAAACAACCUUGUAGUGAUUUUGGGAAAUACUUUUCCCUGUCUUAA